CGACGUCUCUGUUACUCGCUAACACACAGGCACGCAAGAAGUUGUGAGUUGUGAGAGCGCGGCGGGCGCAAUGGUGAUGGAGAGGCAGCAGCAGCAGCGGAAGGCGGCCGCCGCCUUCGACAUCGCGGAGGCCGGCUUCGGCGACCGGCCGGACCUCGACGACGACGGCCGCGAGAGGCGCACAGGGACGCUGGUGACGGCGAGCGCGCACAUCAUCACUGCGGUGAUCGGGUCCGGGGUGCUGUCACUGGCGUGGGCGAUCGCGCAGCUCGGUUGGGUGAUCGGCCCCGUGGUGCUGGUGGCCUUCUCCGUCAUCACUUGGUUCUGCUCCAGCCUCCUCGCCGACUGCUACCGCUCGCCGGACCCAGUCCACGGCAAGCGCAACUACACCUACGGCCAGGCCGUCAGAGCUUACCUCGGGGUUUCCAAGUACAGGCUGUGCGCCCUGGCGCAGUACGUCAACCUGGUUGGCGUGACCAUUGGCUACACCAUCACGACGGCCGUCAGCAUGGGGGCGAUCAAGCGGUCCAAUUGCUUCCACCGCAACGGCCACGCUGCGCCGUGCGAGGCCAACAACACGACCAGCAUGAUCAUCUUCGCAGGCAUCCAGAUCAUGCUCUCGCAGCUCCCCAAUUUCCACAAGAUCUGGUGGCUUUCCAUCGUCGCCGCCGUCAUGUCCCUCGCCUACUCCUCCAUCGGCCUCGGUCUCUCCAUCGCAAAGAUUGCAGGCGGGGUGCAUGCCAAGACGUCGCUGACGGGGGCCACCGUGGGCGUGGACGUAUCGGCGAGCGAGAAGAUAUGGAAGACGUUUCAGUCCCUCGGAGACAUUGCCUUUGCCUACUCAUACUCCAAUGUCCUCAUCGAAAUUCAGGACACGCUGCGUUCGAGCCCGCCGGAGAACGUGGUGAUGAAGAAGGCGUCCUUCGUCGGCGUGUCGACGACCACCAUGUUCUACAUGCUGUGCGGCGUGCUGGGGUACGCGGCGUUCGGCAACGACGCCCCGGGCAACUUCCUCACGGGCUUCGGUUUCUACGACCCCUUCUGGCUGAUCGACGUCGGCAACGUCUGCAUCGCCGUGCACCUCAUCGGCGCGUACCAGGUCUUCUGCCAGCCCAUCUACCAGUUCGUCGAGGGCUGGGCGCGGGACCGGUGGCCCGACAGCGCCUUCCUCAACGCCGAGCGCGUCGUGCGCUUGCCCCUCGCAGUGGACUUCCCCGUCAGCCCGUUCCGGCUGGUGUGGCGCACCACCUACGUCCUGCUCACCGCGCUCGUCGCCAUGAUCUUCCCCUUCUUCAACGACUUCCUCGGGCUCAUCGGUGCCGUCUCCUUCUGGCCGCUCACCGUCUACUUCCCCGUCCAGAUGUACAUGGCGCAGGCCAAGACGCGCCGCUUCUCGCCGACGUGGACGUGGAUGAACGUGCUCAGCCUCGCGUGCCUCGCGGUGUCCCUGCUCGCCGGCGCCGGCGCCAUCCAGGGGCUCGCUACCGACCUCAAGGGAUACAGGCCGUUCAAGGUCUCUUAAGCUGGAUUGCAUGCGUGGUCGAUGAAACAUUAGCUGCAGCAAUGUGCUCUGAAAAACCUGCCAGCCUGCCUGCAUGCAUAGUAGUGAUACAUACAGUCAUGAGAGGAUCUGAUCGAUAGGUCGUGUCGUGUAGACCGUGAGGUCGACAAAGGUUAAUUUCAGUGUUGUUAAUGUUGGUUAAACUAGCCUAAGUAAGUAACCUGGUUUGCAUAUGAACUUUGAAAUGUAUGUAACUAAGUCUAAGUGAAAUGAAUGACAGCUUAAUUGGUUUGAACAA